GCCCCUGGUUUCUGGGAGGGGCUGCGCCGCGGCCGGCGACCGGGACCGGGCGGCAGAGGCAGGCGGCCCUCGCCCUCCUCCCUCGCUAGCUGUCCCCGCCGGGCGGGCGGACCACGUCGCCGCCAUGGUGCCCAACCAGCUGCGUCUCUCCGCGGCCGCACGCGGCCGUGGAGGAUAUGAUUCUGAUUUUAGUGAUGAGGAGAAUGGAGAGAAGUCCGUGCAAAAGGCUAAAAGUAUAAAGGAAGAUGGCCUUCUGGUAAAGCCAUUCCAAAAAGCAAAACAAGGCAGUAUGGUUCACAGACAAUUUGCAGCUGAGGAAUGGGAUAGGGAAGAAGCAAGAAAAAGAAGAUUUCACUUGAUAGCGAUGGAUGCUUAUCAAAGACAUAAAAAGUUUGUGAGUGACUACAUUUUAUAUUAUGGUGGCAAAAUAGAGGAUUUUCGACGUUCUGGAGAAAAUGACAAAACGGAUCUUGAUGUGAUUAGAGAAAACCAUAGAUUCCUGUGGAACGAAGAGGAUGAAGCCGACAUGAAUUGGGAGAAGAGGCUUGCAAAGAAGUAUUAUGAUAAGUUGUUCAAAGAAUAUUGUAUAGCAGAUCUCAGUAGAUACAAAGAGAAUAAGUUUGGAUUUAGAUGGCGACAUGAGAAAGAAGUCAUUUCAGGGAAAGGUCAGUUUUCCUGUGGAAAUAAGCAUUGUGAUGAGAAGGAGGGUCUGAAGAGCUGGGAAGUGAAUUUUGGUUACGUUGAACAUGGUGAAAAGAGGAAUGCACUUGUGAAACUGAGACUAUGUCCAGAAUGUUCCCAUAAACUAAAUUUUCAUCACAGGAGAAAAGAAGUGAAACCACGCAAGAAAAGAGGCACAACUGUACUGAACUCUAAAGAGCCAAAAAUUAAGAAGACAAAAAUAUCUUCUUCAGCAAAAAAGAAGUCAAAAAAAAAGACCCAUAAAGAUCAGGUUUCUUCAGAAGAUUCAGAUGAUUCUGAUAAAGAUUCAGAUAAUGGUGAUGCAGAGGAUGGUCCUUCAGAUGCUGACUUUUGGAAAGGUCCUCUCCAGGAAGAAAAUGAAAAAUCAAGGGAGGAGGAGUUUGAUGACUAUUUUCAAGACUUGUUUCUCUGAAAAAGAUUUGGUGGAUUUUCAUCAUGAAUUGUCAAGAUGGACGUCUGGAAAUCUAAUCAUAAUUAGGGACCAGAGACCUCUUUCUGCCAGCAUAUCUUUUCUAGAGCCACUCUCAUGGACAUUCUCAGUAGCAUAGGCUUCAGGCCUAAAUCUUUCUUAUGGUAGGCUGUUAUAUUCAUGAAAUAUAGAUAUUUUUUUUUUCUCAUUUCAAAGCAAAAGAUAUGUGACAUCCAGACUUCAGAUUAGGAAGGGAGUAGACAAACUGUAACGUAGUUUAUUGACAUUACAGUAAGGAAGUUGGCAGCUUCUUAUUUUAUCCCAAACUUCAGUUAUUGUCACAUUAUUGUAAGGGGCUGUUUUGGAAGAUUUCAUUAUUAGUUCUACACCAUACACCUUAAUAUAUUCAAAUUUCUAAUUUAGUCAACAAGAGUUAAUAGCCUUAAAUUUAUUAGUCAUUUAGACUUUAAUAUUCAGAUAUCAGUCUUUGCAUGGAUUUUCAAAUCCUAUUGGAGAAGUUCAAUUUCUAUUAUAUGCAUUUUGUUUGAAUUAAGUAAGCUAUAUCUCAAAUAUCUCCCCUAUUCUGUAGAAAAAUUUAGUUCAUUGUGACUUUGUUUUAUAUUUUAGUUAUAAUAUGAUGUGACUGGUAAUUACACUUUUAAACGUCUGGUGGGUUGGUGAAAUUUUUGACGUAAAAAAUAAAGCGUGUGGCUUUCUACUGGAGAUGUACAUGUGACUUGUAUGUUAUCUGUGGUUUCUGAUCUCCCUAAUGUUGAUUACAUUUUAAUCCUUCUUUAAAGUGUAAUCCUGACUAUACAAGUAAAGAACGUAACUUGACAAACAUAACAGAUUCAUAUUCCUCUUCAAAUUGAGCACACCCUUAAACAUCGUUUAUUGUGUUUCCAAAGAAACAGUCUGCACAUGAUUGGUUACAAUGGCUAUUUUCUUUGUUGGAUGAAAUGACUUAGGACAUAAAUAACUUAUUAUUAAAUUCAUGUUAAUUUGAGGAAAGCUAAUGUUGUAUAAAAUAUAUUUUUGAUAAAUACUUCCCACUGUAGAUAUAUUUAUAGCAAGUAUUUAUAAUAAAUAUUUGAUGUGGAAAAUGUAACAGCAGAGAUAGUUGCAGUGGAUUUCUAAACAUUUUACAUGCACUCAUACGAAGAAGUUGAGAACUCUUAUUUACAAGUAUUGUUUAACAUAAUUAUAUUUUAAAACAGUUUGUACUUAUGUAAUAGAUGAUGGUAGAAGGACAUGUUUAGGGUGUCCUUGAGUAAGAAAUAUACAUAGCCUUGCAUGAAGACCUCUUUAGGUAAGAAGAUGGAUUUAAAGGUUAAUUCUCUGUCAUCUUGCAAGCUUGGUUGAGAGUCAAAUCCAAUCAGAACCAAUCUGCUUAGAUGUAUGUAACUUGCCCAAAGGGGUUUUUGUUGAAUGUGUUACUAUGUUGGAUGCUUCAAGUAUUGUGCAUUGUGUUCUGGAUAACUAACACCUCUUUGGGUCUUCAUAAUACAGUUAUGAGAUGGUACAGUAUACAUAUUAAAUAUUUAAUACAGUGUGAAAAAAAUUACAUGCUUUUACAACCUUGAAA